CACCUGCGCUCCCACCAUGUUUGAGGAUUCUUGUAUAGUUUGUGGUCGUCCUUUGCUCGAUGAUAGUCGAGCAUUCUGUAGCGAUGAAUGCAGAUCGCAGGACGCCUCAGAAUUAUCCUCGUCAGACUGUGAUGUACCCCCACUCAGCAGUCGAUAUUCAUGCUAUUCCGUCUCCUCAUCCGACGACGACGAAGACGAGCUCUCCUCGCUGUCCUCGCCAUCGAGAUCCCUCUCGUCAGUCACAAUAGUCACCGACGACGACUUGACCCUCCCCAGCCGUCUUUCCUACGCACGUCGUCCUUCGGGGACAAACAACCCGUCCAUUCAAAAAGCGCUUCCAGUCUCUCAAAGCGUGCCAAGUACAACGGCAUCCAUCAUUAGCGAUUCGGAAGACGACAUCCCCUUCACUACUGCCGCAGCCACUAUAACAACAAAGUCAAAACGUACUAGAAACCGCGCUUCCCUUCCUGCCUAUUUCUCUUUACUCCAAACCCAACAGCACCAACACGAAUCGUACACGCAACAGCAGUACCACCCGCAGCAACAACCAAUCGCAUCCACUUCAUCUACAUCCUCCCCGUCUACGCCCAAACUAUCAUUAGCAGCCCUAACUGCUGCACUUCCGACGCUUCCUAUAUCCCCGUCUCGUCGGCGCCUCGGUUUUGGGUACGAUUAUAGUGACAAUGACUCGUGUUCGAGAUCGCCUUCACCACCUCAUCCACCGAUUCCUGACAGCCGAGGCCGACCAUCUGUGCGGAGGAACUCUUCUCCUCCACCUAAAUUUAACAAGUUCAGGGGCCGACUCCGCGCUGAUGAGCUGGCUGGUAUGGGUACAGGAGUAGGCGUUCUGGCUCCCGGUUAUGGCAAUGGACGCAGUGGGCUGUUGGAUAGGGAAAGUAGGAGGUGACCUUCCUCUCCCCCCCCCCCCCCCAACUCCUUCGGCUCCGCACAAAAGCGUUAAGUUAUUCCUGCAUGUUCCAACUUUUUUUUCUUUGCUUUCUGCAUCUUCGCAUUCAAAAACACACCCCUCAUAGAGAUUCUUCUUUUUCCCCCAUGUUUAUUGGGCAUCCUUACUGGCAUUGAUACCUCAAGUUCUUUUUGUGAAAAUACCUCAAUCCUCUUGUAUACCGUUUUCUCCCCCAUUCAUCGCUGUCCGUUUUUCCUUUUGCGCUCAAUGCUAUUCAAUACUAAAACCGGCACCACUCUCAUCGUUUCACCGUUGGCUCCUACGCAUAUUUUCUGACAAUGUCAUUCAACUGCAUGUUCUAUAACUAUGGCCAUGACCGUUACCCACCGCAUACCAGUUAUCAUCAAUCAAAAUCCAAAAGGUUUUUCUGUACACAUAUACGCAUUUACACGUUAUGACAGCGCGAUAUACGCGAUACUUUGCUCGUCAUCCGAAUCUAUGAGCUUGCC